UCGUGCAUUACGGUAAAACAUGGACGCCACAUCAAAGUGCCACCAGUGAAGCUUUUUGCGAUAUCUCACUCUUCUUCUGCUAAGAAUUUAGUGUUGGUGGAUGCUCAGUUGGUGUUAAUCAUGAUUACCCCGGCAUUUGACCUGAGCCAAGAUCCCGGGUAUCUGAUCCUCAGCAUCCGUGUGCCAUACACCAGAACAUCAGAGUUUGACCUCUACAUCGAUGGGACUGAUUUCAAGUUCUAUGCCAAACCAUACUUCCUCAGGUUAACCCUUCCUGGUAGAAUAGUGGAGGAUGGGAGGGAAAAGGCCACAUUUGACAUCGAUAAAGGCCUCUUCACUCUUCGUGUCCCAAAGGAGACUGCUGGAGAGCACUUUGAAGGCCUCCAAAUGCUGACUAGUCUCCUCGCUCCAAAAGGCUCCCGAUCAGCAAAGCCAUUGGUAGAAGACAUGGAAGCAUGCAAUAGAAGUGUAUUAGAUGAUGAAGAGGAGGAUGAAGAAGAAUUUGACUGGGAGAUUGAGCAGGAAGUGUACAAGGAGAGCUCUGAAGUAGAGCUGCAAACCCAGCAGAAAUAUGGUUUUGGCAAUCAGAGGUCUGGAGUAUUUGCCAGGCUGCAGGAGGAGCUGAGUGAUGUGAUUGACGUCAAAAACCCAGAAGGAACCACAGCAGCAGAGAGGAGGCGGGCCCGGCUGGAGGCAGAGACAGCCGCCUUCUGUCCUGACCAUUACCUAGCUGAUUUGUUUGAGGACCAAGAGAUAAAAGGACUGCUGAAGUUCAGACCGUGGUGGGCGGAGCUGAGUUCCUCCUCAGGCCAGGACGGAGAGGCCGCUGUGUCAUUCACCGAUGAUGAGAAGGAGCAGCUGAGAAAAUUCACUAACCGCUCAUACCUAUUGGACAAGACGUCCCGUCACCAGGCCUGGCUCAGUUUGGUGGACAUCCUGCUGGCUUACACCUAUGAAGUGCGCUCUACAGAGGGAGAUCACAAUGUGGAAUCACCAUGGACCAUCAGGAAACUCAGCGGGACUCUUUGCUGGCUGGAGACGUACAGCUCCUUGCAGGAGGUCCUGGUGUCAUUUGGACGGAGGGUCUUGUGCUACCCCCUCUUCAGACAGUUCGCCCUGGUCAGUGCUGCCAUUCGUGACACAGCUACGAUUUUGCAGUUAGGGAAAGCCUGUGUCCUGAAAUGCCUGCUAGAUAUUCACAAAGUCUUCAGAGAGAACGACCCGGCCUACAUACUGAACGAUCUGUACAUCACAGACUACUGCAUCUGGAUCCAGAGGGUCAAGUGCAAGAAGGUGGCAUCCUUGGUUGGUCCCUUACAGAAAAACUCCCUGCAUAAAAGAGAUUUGGAGCUUGAGCUGGAGGAGCUGGAGGCGGCAGCGGCGAUGGUGAAGGAAGAGGAAGGAGCACAGCAGAGAGCUUCCAGCGGCGCGUCGACGUCCCACAGUGACAGCAGCAGCGAUACUAGCGACAGCAGCAGCGACAGCAGCAGCGACAGCAGCAGCAGCAGCAGCGACUCGUCUGAUGAGAGUGAGGACUCUGAGGCUGAAGGGCAAGACUGCACUCAAUCCACUGUGGGAGGAGGUGGAGGGAGAGGAGGAGAGACAUCUAAGGCCCACCCUCUCCAGCCCCAAACCACCUCCCCUGCCUUCCCCAUCCCCCAAGAGCCUCUGGACGCUCUGACAUCAGUGGAGAGGAAACCCAACUCCCCCCCCUCAGCCUCAGCCGGCUCGAGUCAGCUGAUUCAGGAGCUGGGGGAACGGGUGGCGGAGGAGCUGCAGAUCUCUCAGCCCCAGCCUCAGGACAGACAUUUCAGCGAUGAAGCACAGAGAAAUUCCUCACAGCCCACCACCACUGCUGCAGCAGCAAAGACUGGAACUCUAUCAGAAAGUAGCAGCACUGGGACCUUCCUCGAGUUUAGUCCCCGCAGAAACCCUCUUCUCAUUGUCCAAACACGCGAGGAUCUUGACGAGGAUGACUUGAUCAGCUAGCAGACAACUGUUUCAUUCAUGGAACCCAGCCAAGCGGAGCACGGACGGCACGAGUGGAGGUGAUUCCUGUUUCUGCACUUCAAAAAAAUAUAUUUGACUAUAUGUUCGAUAUAGUUUCUUCUGUGCUAUUAUUUUAUUUCCAUUUUUGUCAUUGCCAUAGGUCUUGCAUAUCAUAAUAUCAUGAUAUGGCACAAGUGUUGUCUUUUCCUGUUUUUAAAGGCUGCAUUCCAAUAAAAGGAUGUAAUUUUCUUAACUGAUUCAACUGUUUUAGUUCCUGUUAUCUGCCUGUACCUGCUGCUAUUUAUGAUUGUAUAUCAAUAAAUCUCUUGUGUAUAGAUAUUUUGCAAAAGCAUCAGUAGUCAUCCCUACACUAUCAUCACAAUAUCAAUAUUAAUAAUAAUAUUCAGU